UUGUGUGUGUUCACUUCGAGGGAGGCAUUUGCAAGAAUUUUGGAAGGGGCUGUUUUUUUUUUUUUUUUUUUUUUUUUUUGGUGUAAAUAUAAAAUUUUAUGGUGGGGAUCGUGUUUCACCGUUAGCGGUGGCGAGCUAGGCAUCUAGAAUCGUUGGUGGGACAGCGUUGUGCAUGGCGAGCGGGCUGCUACAGGAGUGUCACCACAUUGCAAUCCAACAUGAUUACUUUGAUUGAAGCUGCAUCGUGUUGGACUACUCCCCAAAAUGGUGCAACAAAUAUCUCUGCAAUUGCGUUUCCUCGCGCGCUACUUCUGAUACUACUGCUUGUUGUGGGCGCUCUUGUGCUUAUUUACGGGAAAACUCUGUGUCCUUCGAAGUUGAUAAUUUCUUUGACGUCGUCGCCUGUCAUAGCGUGGGUUCUCUCCAAGGUUGAGAGGGACCCUGUGCACCAAUCGAUCAAGGAUGCCAAGGAGAAGCCUGCAAAAGAUCACAGGCUUACGAUGGACACAGCUGAGGCGCGGCGUUGGUCAAGAGAUGUCUUUCUGCGUGAACAUAGCGAAUGCAAUUUCAACGUCCCUUCGAACAAGGACAAGGAAUUUAGAUUGAUCGUAAACGAGACCUAUGUGAAGAACUCACGCAAUCUGGAAAUUUUUGUGAAAAGUUGGAUACCAGCUGAGAAACGUCCGAAGGGUCUUCUCUUUCUUUGUCAUGGAUAUGGGGAUACUGUAUCAUUUUUCUUUGAAGGAUUGGCACGGGCUUUUGCAAUAGCUGGUUAUGCUGUGUAUGGCAUGGAUUAUCCUGGCUUUGGCCUCUCAGAAGGGUUGCAUGGAUAUAUUCCCAACUUCGACAUACUUGUGGAUGAUGUGAUGGAGCAAUACAUUAAAAUUAAAGAGCGUUCUGAAAACAAGGGACUGCCUUGCUUUUUAUAUGGGGAGUCGAUGGGAGGGGCUGUUGCUCUUAAGGCUUUGAAAAAUUCUAGUAUGUGGGAUGGUGCGAUACUUGUCGCUCCUAUGUGCAAGAUUGCUGACUCUAUGAUUCCUCCUUGGUACUUGGUGAAGAUUCUGAUCGUGCUGGCACACAUUAUACCAAAGGCGAAGCUUGUAUCUUCUAAUGAUAUUGCUGAAAUUGGUUUACGAGAUUUAGAAAAGAGAAAAAGAGCUAAUAAUAAUCCCGUGGCCUACAUUGGGAACCCACGACUUGGAACCGCAUUGCAGUUACUGCAGACCACAGAUCUUAUCGAGAAAAAUUUGACAGAGGUUUCACUACCACUGCUAAUAUUGCAUGGUGCCGCUGAUGAAGUCACCGACCCGGCCGUCAGCAAAGCACUUUAUGAGAAGGCUAAGAGUAAGGAUAAGACAUUAAGGCUUUAUGAUGGUGCUUGGCAUUGCCUUUUACAAGGAGAGCCUGAUGAUGUUGUCAAAAACGUCAUGAUGGAUAUUAUAUCUUGGCUAGACGUGCAUGCCGGUUCUAAGGGAGGUUUUGAUCAGAAAAAGGAGACCAGAAUGGAAGAGCGUGUUGCCGUAGCCUCUCCAAAUUUGAUUGAAUUUGGAAAACUUGAUUCAAUCAAACAGCUCCUGUAGUGUGUUACAUAAAGAACUUUUAAUCGCAAUCUGUUAGAUUUCCGCAAUGGGCACUAAAAGCCAUUUCAGGGGACUUCAGUAGCAGCAAUCUGUAUUGUGAAAGCUCAGGCCUUCUGAACUUCUGGAAUCACUCAUUCCAGCAUGGGUGUUGUCAUAGCUUCGGCUACGUGAAGUUGAAACUGUUGUCACCACCACAAGCUUUAAUCAACUGUUUGAUGAAAGCGAAACAGAAAUUCACAUUUGCUGGGAGAAAAGGAUGGCUAAACACUUCAGGAAAUCCUCAAGAGAACAUAUGAGCUUUGCAGGUUUUUAUUGCGGAAAUUGUAAUUCCAACAACGAGGACCACUGAUAGGUUAGUUUACGUACAUGUAAAUUUAAAUGUUGUAAUUAGAAAUGGGCAUCAGUCAACAGUGAUAUUCUAGAUUCACAACGGAGUUCUAGGCAAUCACAUGCAAUAAUGGUGAUCAAUGUAUUGAGCUUUGGCUUUGUGUACACACUCAAGUUUGAUAUCA